GCUGUUCAAUGAGACCAUUCUAUUGGAGCCUGGGGAGGUGCAAACUUUUAGCAGAAAAGGGGCUGGAAGGGCCACGUGGAGAGGGGCUCCUGGCCUUCUCAUCCCCACUCUCCAGGCCCCUAGAGGCUCUGCUGAGGCCAACACAGCUCAUGAGUUUGGCUUGAUGAUUUUUCCUGUUAGUAAAAAGCGUGCUCCACGGAGGUCGCCUGGUCUCUGAGGAUCAUUUUGGAGCUGCCCCUGUGGUCACAGCCCCGUAGAUGGCAUGGUGAUACCUAUUGGGGCUGGGCAUCUGUCUCUGGGGAGUAGCAUCGCUAUGUUGUUUUUAAGACGUUUCUUAGGGUGUGAGGUGGAAUUCCACUCUCACGCCAAGUUAGGAGCUGCGUCCUAGGCUGUGGAAACCCAAGAAUUCCUCCAGGGCGUCAGAAUCUGGUGCUUGAUGUCCUGGAAAAAGCCCUGGGUCUGGGCCAGGAGGUUGAGCUUCAAGUUGGGUCUCAUUUGCUGUGUAACGUUGGGCAAAUCACUAGACCUCUCUGGGCUUCAGUUGCUGCUUCUCAAAAAUGAAGAGAUUACAUGUAUCCUCAGAGGUCCCAGUUCAGUUUAGACGCUCCAUGGCCCUGUGUGAUUGUCACUGAUGAGAUCUUCAUAAUCCCAGGAAAGGAUCUUAAUUUAGAAUUUAAGAGAUUUAGGUCUCAGAUCAGAUGUAAGUGUGACCAGUCACUUCCUGCUCCAUACUGUGGGUCCUCCACUGUAGGAUGCGGAGCUCACAGUUCCUACUUCAGCAGGCUGUUGCGAGGACCGAGAUGGUGCCUAGAGGGUGCUGAGUGUGGAGUUUAGCAAAAAGCAAAGCUCAACGGUGCCAGCACCAAAGCUACCUGCUUUCAAGUCCUGUGUGUGGGCAGAUAUCUGGGUGCCGUUUUACCAAGGGAGGCUGGCCCCAUCCCACCGAGCACCAGGUGAUCCUGGACUGCAUGUGAGGCCCGUGUUCUCUCCAAUCACCUGACACUGCAGUCCCCGCCCCCCCCCCCUUUGCUUUCUCAUAAAAUCUCUGCUGGACCAGCCACUCCUAGUGGGGAGCCCAGGGUGGUCUGCGAGCGCUGGAUGCACCCAGCUGCUGCAUCGCCAGGAUAUCAGGAGCUGGAGGUAGCGGCACUGAGUCCUGAUGCCUGACUGGAUGGAAGCCUGUCAGCUUCUGUUCCCAUGAGGUAGAAAGGCCUUGGUCUUCAGCGGGGGAAGAGGCCAGAAACAAGGACCCCGAUGAAAGAACCCAGAUCCAUUGGUCUGAGAAGCAGAGGAAGGGCAAGAAGUGAGCUGCAGCUGCUAGUGAGCCUCAGAAAACUCCAACUGCUAUUCUCACCGUUCUUUGGGAACACUCUGAAGUGAAGAGCAAUAUGUAGGAAAAUGGGACCGACUCAUGUGUGUCCUGAGCCUCAAAACCCCUUUCUUGGCCCAAAGAAGCUCACCUUGACUUUGGGAGGGCAGGUAAGCUCCGUCCUUCCUCAUGGCCUCAGCCAAGCUUUGAACUUGCCCUCCCCUUCUGGCCUUGGCGGUUACUUUUUCAGGAAGAGUGAGACUGAGGACCCCCAAGUGUUCCAUCCCUAAAAAAAGCUUGGGAAACCAAGCCCCUUCCAUCCCCUCCCAAGCACCCCAGCCAAGCCCCAGAGAGCCAGUCCGGAAUGAUCCCGCUAUGGCCAAGCUCUGGUUCAAAUUCCAGCGGUACUUCCGCCGGAAACCUGUGCGCUUCUUUACCUUCCUGGCACUCUACCUGACUGCCGGGAGCCUCGUCUUCCUUCACUCUGGCUUUGUGGGCCAGCCCGCCGUCUCGGAGAACCAGGCGAACCCCGCCGCCGCAGGAGGCCUGGCUGAGGGUGCUGAGCUGCCCUUCCUGGGCGACAUGCAUCUGGGCAGAGGCUUCCGGGACACAGGUGAAGCCUCAAGCAUGGCUCGCAGGUACGGACCCUGGUUCAAGGGCAAGGAUGGGAAUGAGAGAGCCAAGCUUGGCGACUACGGUGGAGCCUGGAGCCGAGCCCUCAAGGGGAGGGUCGUCCGGGAGAAGGAGGAAGAGCGAGCCAAGUACAUCGGCUGCUACCUGGACGACACCCAGAGUCGGGCCCUUCGAGGAGUGUCCUUUUUUGACUACAAAAAGAUGACCAUCUUCCGUUGCCAGGACAACUGUGCUGAACGGGGUUACCUGUAUGCCGGGCUGGAGUUCGGCGCCGAGUGCUACUGUGGCCACAAGAUCCAGGCGGUGAACGUGAGCGAGGCAGAGUGCGACAUGGAGUGCAAGGGCGAGAGAGGCAGCGUGUGCGGCGGCGCCAACCACCUCUCCGUCUACCGGCUGCAGCUGGCCCAGGAGUCAGCCCGCAGGUAUGGAAGUGCAGUGUUCCGGGGCUGCUUUCGCAGGCCUGACAACCUUUCCCUGGCCUUACCUGUGACAGCUGCCAUGCUGAACAUGUCCGUGGACAAGUGCGUGGACUUCUGCACAGAGAAGGAGUACCCGCUGGCAGCUCUUGCAGGCAACGCCUGCCACUGUGGGUUUCCCACCACCCGAUUCCCACUCCAUGACAGAGAGGACGAGCAGCUCUGUGCCCAGAAGUGCAGCGCGGAGGAGUUUGAGAGCUGCGGGACUCCUAGUUACUUCAUUGUGUACCAGACACAAGUCCAAGACAACCGUUGCAUGGACAGAAGGUUCCUGCCAGGCAAGUCCAAGCAGCUCAUUGCUUUGGCCAGCUUCCCAGGUGCCGGCAACACAUGGGCUCGCCACCUCAUUGAGCUGGCCACAGGCUUCUAUACUGGCAGCUACUACUUCGAUGGCUCCCUCUACAACAAAGGGUUUAAAGGUGAGCGGGACCACUGGCGCAGUGGACGGACCAUCUGCAUCAAGACGCACGAAAGCGGCCAGAAAGAGAUAGAGGCCUUCGACGCCGCCAUCCUGCUCAUCCGCAACCCGUACAAAGCCCUCAUGGCUGAGUUCAACCGCAAGUACGGUGGCCACAUAGGCUUUGCUGCGCAUGCCCACUGGAAAGGCAAAGAGUGGCCGGAGUUCGUGAGGAACUAUGCCCCAUGGUGGGCCACUCACACACUGGACUGGCUCAAGUUUGGCAAGAAGGUGCUGGUGGUGCACUUUGAGGACCUGAAGCAGGACCUCUUUGUCCAGUUGGGCCGGAUGGUCAGUCUGCUGGGUGUGGCUGUCAGGGAGGACCGGCUGCUCUGUGUGGAGAGCCAGAAGGAUGGCAACUUCAAGCGCUCGGGGCUCCGGAAGCUUGAGUAUGACCCCUACACUGCGGACAUGCAGAAGACCAUCUCUGCCUACAUCAAGAUGGUGGACGCAGCCCUCAAAGGGAGGAACCUCACGGGUGUCCCUGAUGACUAUUACCCAAGAUGAUGUGUCCGCAUGGGGGGAGGGUAGACUAGGAGUCCUGACCAUGCAGGCCCUGUGGACUCAAGACCCCUGGUGACCCCACUGAUCUGUCCUGUCAUCGGUUUGGGGACAAUCCCCUUGACUGUUCUUUGCCUUCAAUGAGUUUCCUGCAUGACAGAGGAGGCUCAAGGGAAGAGAUUGUCCAGAAACUACCACCCUACUCACAUGUUCCCCUCUUGGCAAUGUGGGGCAUCUGGUUUGGGGGUUCUAGUUACAUGGGCUCUUUUCUGUCCCCUGUGUCCCUGCCCCUGCCACUCUGGGUUCUGCUUGUGGAAGGGAGGUCUCAUCAGCUUCAAGGAGACUUGCUGGAUGCCCCGUGGCCUGGGGGGCUUUUGUAAAAACAUGGUCCCAGAUGCUUGUCCCUUCUGGGCUGAGCUUUCGUAGCCCCCUUCUCAUCUCCACUCAAGAAGCACUGGCACUGACAUUUAACUCAGGCCACCUUCCGUUCUAAAGAAAGAUUGCUGGGAAGUUUCUCCGUGGCCUUAGGCUUCUGACAUCCUGGGUAGAGAGGGGAGGCAAUGGUGCUCAUGGUAGGUUAAUUGGAGACACCAAGUGGGGCCGUUGGUGUCAUGGGCCCACCUCCAGGCCACACUGCUUCUCAGAAAUGAGCUGCUUGCCUUUCCAUCUCCAGGGCGUAAACCCUGCCCCCUUCUGUCCAUGCUGGGUCCAGGAAGUGACCUUGGGAUCCUGAUUCCAAAUCCAAGGAACCUCAGGCACCAACAGUGAACCCACAAGGAUGGUCACCUACCACGUGCAGAAUUUGAGUUGAGAGAGAGCCCCAGUGAUACAUCUCUCCACGAUGGGCUCCAGUUGGUCUUACACUGGCCUUCUGACCCCUACAAAUGGGUCCUUUGCUAUCCAGGGGAGACAGCAAGAGUGCUUUCAAUCAGAUGGAACCAUACCCAAAAUGGAACCCCACUACCUUCCCAGACCACCUGUCUCCCCUUGAUCUAGUCCAACAGGCCAGCUUCCCUUGGGGGGCCCUUUAAGGAAUGGGGUGAAUGAAAUUGUGUUAUUUCUAUACAAAUACUGCUCUCUUGAUGCUGAGAUGCCAAACCAAAGGAUUUCUGAGGACCUGAAUCACGGAGCAUCAAUCUUACAAAGUGUUGGUCCAGGGUCCCAUCUCUUCCCCAACCCUGGACACCAGUGGCUCCCCACCCACUCCACACCUGCACCAUCCAUCAUUGUGUAGAUGAAAAAGCCAUAGAUCACAGCCUCUUUGCUAUUCUGUUGGAGCAACCUCCCUAAGCGGUCCCUCUGAAGCCUUGGGGUGCAGGUAAAUGCUCAUUCCCAAGUGGCAAAGAGAUCCCGGAGAAGGCGCGUGUAAAGAGAUAUAUUUUUGUAAGAGGAAUAUGAUUAAUACAUUCCGCCCCUUGGAAUCUGGCCAUGCAAAGAAAAGGGCACAGGGAUUAGACCUGUGCCACCCUUCCCCAAUUCCCUCAUCUGUAGGAUUUGGGCUGCCCCAGGCCCACCCAGGGGGCUCUGAAUGUAUUUUGUACCGUGUUUCUUUCCCCCAGGUGAAUUUCUAGUCUUUUUCAUGAAGCAGUGGAGGGUUUGGCCUCCCUUCCAUUGGGAGGUCGGCUCUCUCUGGGAUACUCUUGGUCCAAGACCUAGGUCAGUUCUUUGCUGGUGGUCCCCUCUGACCACAAGCUUCUGUCUGACAAUUCCUCAGGUCAACACCAUCAUUAAAUGAGAGUUUUGUUGAUGAUUCU